AUGGAAUCCUCAAGUACAUCUACAGCUCAGGAAGAACCGCUGGAUCUUUCCACUGGAAAUGGAAAUGGGUAAGUGUUUGGCAAAACAUUCAGAAAAAUAAAUUUUGCUUCUGUUUCAGUGAGGAACAUCAACAACUUGCAAAGUUCAUGGAGACUUGCGGGCUCGUCUUCCAGCAGAACCUCUUCGCAUGGCUCAUAAAGUCGAUGACAGAAACGGCGGUGGCCGUCACGAACCCUUCGAUUCACUCGUUUGAAAGAGAAUCGCCGGAGAAGGAGAACACGUGUGAGAGGAAAGAGGAGAAGUCGGUGGAGGAGGAGCACGAGUCGACUCCGAGUCCGACACAGGUCAGGAGGAGGACCUCGACGGGCAAGAUCGACCGGCGGAUGGUCGGAAAGAUGUGCACGAGGAGGUGAGGAGAAAGUGAGGAAGCGGGUGAGAAAUAUGUUGAGAAAGAUUUCAGAGUGGAAGCAAAUGCGAGGGAACGGAAUCGAGUGCAGCAACUGUCGAAGAUGUUCGACAGUCUGCGAGUGUGCCUGCCGGUUGGCGAUGAUUUGAAGAUUUCCAAGUUGGCCACUUUGAAAGUGAGCUAUUGUUGUCUUUUUCAUAACAAACUAACAUUCAUGCAAAGUUAGGGUCCGAUUAUAUAAUUUACAAAACUUCUGGAACUUGAACCCGUUUCGCGAGCCUCACUUCUUUACCUCACUGAGCUCUCUGAUUUGCAAACUCGAAUUCUGAAGCGUCGUCCGCCCGUUCCCAUUCACCUUUUAGUAUUUCAGGUAGCCAGCGCGUACAUUGGUUUCUUGGGAAGUCUGCUCAAAGACAGCACGGACGAAGAGGACGAGUUCCGGAAAAAGUUGCAGAUUGAGUUGGAAAGUGCAAAGACGCUGCGGAAGUGA